AUGGCUGCCAUGGAUGCAAAGACAGACUACGCUGCUAUGGAUACGGAGAAUCUGUCUGCCAGUGACUCCAAGGCCGAGAUGCCUGUCCUAAAAACAACAAAGGACGGCAUCCCCCUUCAUCCUCAACCGAGUGACGACCCGGAAGACCCACUGAAUUGGAGCUGCCUCCGGAAGCAUGCCGCCCUUAUUGUGCUGGCCAUGGAGUCCUUGGUCAUCAAAUUCUCCAACACGCUCAUCGCUCCCGGUGCGCAUACCUUGGCCGCCGAGUUUCACACCGCGGCCUCGACAGCUACGUACAUCGGUUCGGCUCCCUCGGUCCUGUACGCGUUCGCCCCGUUCAUCUGGAUCCCACUGAGCCUCCGCGUCGGUCGGCGGCCAGUGUUGCUGGUCACUCACGUCAUCGCGCUCCUGGCCGCGGUCGGUGUCGGCCGCUCAACCUCUUACUCGCAGGCCCUGGGAUUCCGCAUGGUCAUGGGCUUCGGUGGCAGUGCUGGCCUGUGCAUCAGCCCUGGGGCCAUAUCCGACAUGUUCUUCCUGCACGAGAAGGGCACCCGCCUGGGUAUAAACAGCAUACUGUUUGUGGUUGCCCCUUAUAUAGGUGGCGUUGCUGGCGGCUCUGUUCAGCAGAAUCCGAAGCUAGGCUGGCGAUGGGCCAUGUACAUUUCUGCCGCCUGUUACGCGUUCCAGCUCCUUGGACAGAUCUUUCUUGUCCCGGAGACAAUUUACGAGAGGGAGACUGCCGCUUCUGAGCCACUGGAGAACAAAAAGACGCUCUACCGCCGGCUGGGAUUCCGGACACCGACGAACCCGACGGGAGAGACGUGGUCCCAGACAUUCCGCCGACCUUUCGCCAUGUUUGCAUACCCGGCCGUCGUCUUGCCAGCCUUCUGGGCGUCGGUGUGCAUUAUGACGGAAAUAGCCAACACUGCAGGCUUGGCCCUGAACUUCGGUGUUACCAGCCGCUUCGGCUUCAACACGGCGCAGAUCGGACUUUGUUUCCUCUCGGGCUUGGUUGGCGCCUUCCUCGGAGAGAUCUGCGCGGGUCCGCUCUGUGACCUCGUCGCCAAGCGUAUACUGAGGAGAGGUGACGAGUGGGUUCCCGAGAAGAUACUUAAACUCUUCCUCACGGGCCUCGUCGCGAACACUGUUGGUCUCAUUGUCUACGGGUUUGAGCUCGACAACCACGCUUCACAUUUUAUCGCACCACUGUCGGGGCUCAGUCUUUUCGUCUUCGGGCAGGAAAUCAUCGUCACGGUACUGAUGACCUACAUGACGGAGUGCUAUCCCGGGCGAGCCGUCGAGGUCAUGAUCGUCUUCCAGUUCUUCCUGAACAUCAUGUGCUUCCAUCCGCCCUUCUACACGCCGCAGUGGAUAGACAAGGCCGCAGGCGCGAAGGUGCCGUACAUCGUGUACGCGGUGCUGCCCAUCGUCUUCUUUCCAGUUUGCGUCGGCAUAUUCAUGUGGAAAGGCGCGAAGAUUCGUAGCAGAGGAGCCAUGUUUUCCAUCUCCAAGAGGGAAUGA